AUGCGCAGUCAGUUCCGGGACAGGGUACCCGUACAAGCAAAUUGGGACUUUCCACCAGACCAUGUUUGGGUGCGAAGCAGUGCUCCCUUUAAGUUCAUUGACGACACAGAGCUUAUAGUUGAUGGCUAUCUUGUCAUUGUCGACGAUAAGGAUUCAUCUCCUAUGUAUAUUGUGAAAAACCGAUUGCAUAGUCAAGCGGUCUUGUCGCCAUACUUAUCGACUCCUGGGCAACCCAAGGGACAGGGAUCAAACCCUGAUUGGUACCUUACUGGCGAUACAGACAACUCCGACCCUGUGGUACCUUCCUCUCCAGUCAGCCGGAACGAGACACCCCCAGGUCACUACCCAACAACACCUCUUGGAAACGCGUGGGGAGACUUUCUUAAUCAACCACCGACAGUGUCAUUGACAGCCAAUGAGGCAGCCUUACUGCAGAGAUUCGCUCAAGUCGUUGGACAAUGGAUGGAUCUCUCCGAUCUCAGCCAAACAUGGUCCAAGCUCGUCCCUCGUUUCGCCACCAGAGCCAAUCUAGUCAAGGAAUGUUGCGUCGCUUGCGCGGCCAAACAACUCGCUUUGUCAACCCCACAAACUCCCAAAGCCGAUGAGUGGAUGAGGCAAGCACAGGCAUCCUACAGCAUUGCCAUCGAGCAGCUGAUUCGCCAAGUUUCCAUAGAUUGUCCAGCACCAUCACCCGAAACCUUCGUCGCCACGGUGCUAUGCAGCGUUUACGAAAUGAUAGACGCCACCGGAUCCGAUUGGCAAGCUCACCUAGAGGGGAUAUCCCAGAUCGGAGAUGACUCUUUCGACACUAUAUACUUCACAUUGGGCACCGCAGCCUCAGCAUGGCAAAUGUACCAUCUAUGCAAUAUCCUCCUUCUCACUUCGGGUCUCCAUCAAGGAUGCCAGAGUGGACAGGAGAUUCAGAAGAAGCUGAGAUCUCACGCCUUGCAGAUUUGCGGGGUAGCUCUGGGCGAGCCGGACGGAGGAGCUCGGGUCCAUUCCGUGCAGGCUAUUUACUACGAGGAAGAUCUUGGCUGGGCUGCUAAAUAUCGAGUACGUGACUUGUAUGUGGCUUGGGAAAGGGAAAGGGAAUCACCUGCCUACACCAGUAUGAUAGCGAAUCGAUAUAUCUCUUAA